UGUUGUUGACUGGCCGACCGGAGACGGGAAGAAGGAGACGCGUUUUGUUUUUGUUCAGAAACCGUCGAAAAGGAGCCGCGCCGCCGCCUCUGGGUCCAGAUUGGGUUCGUUAAGAGUCUUAUCUCGGUGAAUAGCGCGUCUGGACCGGGCUGGAGGGCGAACACACCCCGACAUUUGAUCCAGAAAGGGAGGACUCGUCACCCUCUGACCCCCUCCCUGCCUCCCUCACACAUUCACCACCAUGACGAUUCUCCCCAAGAAGAAGCCCAGCUCCGGGGUCGGGGUAUCGGACCACGCCGAUGACAGUGACCGUCGCAGCGUCUCCGACCCGCACCAGCACACGCACGCCGGGCGGACCGGUGCGCGGCCGAGGGCUUCGCCUCCGCCGUGGUCCUACCAGCCCGCUCCACCCUCCGCCAGGGACGACAGGCGGAGCAUCGAAGCUAGCUCCCGUCCGCAGCAGGCCUCUCCGCCGCCCGUUGGCUCCGUGUCCCCCGUGGGGCCGGGAGACGUCCGGGACAGCGGCGUUGGGAUGGGGGCCGGGUCCCGUGGUGAGCUUGUCGUAUCGGGUAGCGUCGUCGGAUGCGGCGGAGGCAUCGGCAGCUGCUGCUCCGGGCCCGGACUGAGCAAAAGACGGCGGCAGGCUGGCACCUGCUCCGGCGGGGUGGUGGCGGCUCUGGCCGGCGGGGGCCAGCCCGGUGUAGCUGGACCGGGAGGGUCCAGCCAGGACACGGAGGAAGGAGCCGGGAACAACAGCGAAGACGAGUACGAGAACGCCGCCCGGCUGCAGUCUAUGGACCCGGCUACCGUGGAGCAGCAGGAGCACUGGUUUGAAAAAGCUCUGAGGGAGAAGAAAGGCUUUGUCAUCAAGAAGAUGAAGGAGGACGGAGCGUGUCUGUUCAGAGCCGUGGCCGAUCAGGUGUAUGGAGAUCAGGACAUGCAUGAAGUGGUCAGGAAACACUGUAUGGAUUACCUGAUGAAGAACGCAGACUAUUUCUCGAGCUACGUGACCGAGGAUUUCACCACAUACAUUAACAGGAAGAGGAAAAACAACUGCCACGGCAACCACAUUGAGAUGCAGGCCAUGGCCGAGAUGUAUAACAGACCGGUGGAGGUGUAUCAGUACAGCACAGAGCCAAUCAACACGUUCCACGGUAUCCACCAGAACAACGACGAGCCCAUCAGAGUGAGCUACCACCGCAAUAUUCACUACAACUCUGUGGUGAAUCCCAACAAGGCCACGAUCGGGGUCGGACUGGGACUUCCCGCCUUCAAACCAGGGCCCCCUCAGUACGCAGACCAGUCUCUGAUGAAAUCGGCAAUCAAAACGUCGGAGGAGUCGUGGAUCGAGCAGCAGAUGCUGGAGGACAAGAAGAGGGCGACGGACUGGGAGGCUACAAACGAGGCCAUCGAGGAGCAGGUGGCCCGGGAGUCGUACCUGCAGUGGCUGCAGGACCAGGAGAAACAAGCCCGACAGCCUCGUAAGGCCAGCGCCACCUGCAGCUCGGCCACGGCAGCAGCUUCAAGCGGAUUGGACGACUGGAGCGCCCGGUCGCCGCGGCAACGGGACUCUGACCCCUCCCACUCCGACCUCACGUCCAGCUCGUCGACCAAUAACAAGCCGCCCUCCCCCUCUGGAGCCGCACUCAUCCUGAGCAAACCCCCCUCACCCUGCGCCCCAGGUCCCAGUAAUCAGAGUCGUCAUCAUCUGGAGUACAGAGCCAUAAUGCAGGAGAUGUCGCCUACAGCGUUUGGUUUGACGGACUGGGAGGAUGAUGAGAUUCUGGCGUCGGUGCUGGCCGUCUCUCAGCAGGAGUACCUGGAUAGCAUGAAACAGAGCACCGCCAUGCAUCGAGAGAGGGAGCCGUCACCUGACAGCAGCUGAUAAACAACUGACACACAACAACACACAGACACACACACCAACACAACCAUGACCUUUGACCCCCCUCCUACUCGCCUCCACUAUCCCAGCCCCCUCUGCCCCCCCGGCGCUGACCCACUGAAGGAGAUCGACCAGGGAAAAAAUAAAACAUCAAACAAAUAAA